GGAAGUUACACCCUGUAGUGCAGUAUUUCCAACCAGCCAAUAGUGGAAAACGCCUCCGCCAAUGACUCAAGCAAAGGAAGGGGGUGAGAUUAACAGGGAUUCUCAGCAGCAGCAGCGGUCCUGUUAUUAUAAAGGGGAAAAAUCGCAAUGGGAAGCACGGACUCAAAACUGAACUUCAGGAAAGCAGUGAUUCAACUGACAACCAAAACACAGCCAGUGGAAGCCACAGACGAUGCCUUCUGGGACCAGUUCUGGGCAGACACUACCACCACAGUCCAGGAUGUUUUUGCACUGGUGCCAGCUGCAGAGAUAAGAGCUGUUAGAGAGGAGUCUCCCUCAAAUUUAGCAACCCUCUGCUAUAAGGCUGUGGAGAAGCUGGUACAGGGUGCAGAGUCUGGUUGCCCAACAGAGAGGGAGAAGCAGGUGAUCCUAAACUGCACUCGCAUCCUGGCACGCAUCCUUCCUUACAUCUUUGAGGACCAGGACUGGAGAGGAUUCUUCUGGUCAACUGUGCCUGGUGCUGGGCGGGCUGGGACAGAUGAGCUGGACGACGAUGAUGGCGCUCGGCCUCUGGCUGAGUCGCUGCUCCUGGCUAUCGCUGACUUGCUCUUCUGCCCUGACUUCACAGUGCACAGUCAUAAGAGGGGCCCUGACUCUGUAGAGAGCAUGCAGUCUAUUGACAGCUGUGAAUACAUCUGGGAGGCAGGGGUGGGCUUUGCACAGUCCCCUCCUCUCAACUACAUCCAUGAUCUGAAUAGGACAGAGCUGCUGAGAUUGUUACUGACCUGCUUCUCUGAGGCCAUGUACCUGCCCCCAUCAACAGACACAGGUGUCUUGAACCCCUGGGUGACAUUCUUCUGCUCCACAGAAAACAGACAUGCUCUGCCUCUGUUCACCUCCCUGCUGAAUGUGGUGUGUGCCUAUGAUCCCGUGGGCUACGGCAUCCCAUACAACCACCUGCUCUUCUCUGACUACCGGGAGCAGCUUGUGGAGCAGGCUGUACAGAUUCUCAUUGUGACGCUGGAGCAUGGCGGAGGGAUUUCCCACCGUCCUCCGUCCCCGUCCAGCAUGGAGGAACAAGAGUCCACAGGCCCUGAAAACCUUUUUGUGAAUUACUUAUCGAGGAUUCACAGAGAGGAGGAUUUUGACUUUGUAUUGAAAGGCCUUGCUCGUCUCCUGACUAACCCCUUGACUCAGACCUACCUGCCUAACUCUACCAAAAAGAUUCAGUUCCACCAAGAGCUGUUGGUGCUUUUCUGGAAGCUUUGCGACUUUAAUAAGAAGUUCCUGUUUUUCGUCUUGAAGAGCAGUGAUGUGCUGGAUAUUCUGGUUCCUAUACUCUUCUACUUGAAUGACGCCAGGGCUGAUCAGUCUCGUGUUGGCCUCAUGCACAUCGGUGUGUUCAUUUUGCUACUGCUGAGUGGGGAGAGAAACUUUGGUGUGCGCUUAAAUAAGCCCUACACCGUCCAUGUGCCUAUGGACAUCCCAGUGUUCACAGGCACUCAUGCUGACCUGCUCAUAGUGGUGUUCCACAAGAUUAUCACCACCGGCCACCAGCGGCUGCAGCCUCUCUUUGACUGCCUGCUGACUAUCAUUGUAAAUGUGUCUCCAUAUUUGAAGAGCCUGUCCAUGGUGGCAGCCAAUAAACUGCUCCACCUGCUGGAAGCCUUCUCCACCAGCUGGUUCCUGUUCUCUGCAGCCCAGAACCAUCACCUUGUAUUCUUCCUUCUGGAGGCUUUCAACAAUAUUAUCCAGUACCAGUUUGAUGGAAACUGCAACUUGGUGUACGCCAUCAUCCGCAAACGCAACGUGUUCCACCAGUUGGCCAACCUGCCCUCUGAUCCUGCCGCCAUCCAGAAGGCUUUACAGAAGAAAAAGAAGUCUCCUGAUGUCAUUUCCCGCACCAGCUCCCAGGAGACCGUUUCCAUGGAGGGCUCUCAUCCCGCUGUGCCGGCGGAGCCUGGUACACUGAAGGCCAGUCUGGUCGCUAUUCCAGGCAUUGAUAAACUGACAGAGAAGUCCCAGGUAUCAGAGGACGGCACCAUGGUGUCAGUACCAAAGACAGACUCCCUUCAGGCAGCUCAUCCAGACCAAAGUGCAGUCGCCGGGACCAGUGACACAGAAUCAACCUCAGGCCGAGAUAACGAAGAUGUUUUUUACACUGAAGCAGAAAUGGAGAGAAGGCGUUUGUCAAGUGCAUCUUCAACAUCACUUUGGGCUCCCACACCAGACUGGGUCCUCUCCUGGAAAUGCAAACUACCCCUGCAGACUAUCAUGCGCCUUCUACAAGUGCUCGUUCCCCAGGUGGAGAAGAUCUGCAUUGACAAGGGUCUGACAGAUGAGUCAGAGAUUCUGAAGUUCCUCCAGCAUGGCACUUUAGUGGGCCUGCUGCCGGUUCCUCACCCCAUCCUCAUCAGAAAGUAUCAGGCCAAUGCAGGCACUGCCAUGUGGUUUCGCACCUACAUGUGGGGUGUGGUGUAUUUGCGCAAUGUGGACCCUCCUAUCUGGUAUGACACUGACGUCCGCCUUUUUGAGAUUCAGAGGAUGUGAACAGAAGACUGAAAAUAGGACCGUUGUACCUUUCUCUUCCCUUCAUUAUCUGCUGGUUUUCCAGUACACUUCACUGUGUUCAACUUGUCCCCGUUACCAUCUUUAAAGCUUGAAACAUUACAGAGAUGAGAUAAGACGGGAGAUGAUUGAAUUGUCAAUUUGUUCAAAAACUGUGUUCAUUUUUUUCACCUGAAGACCAUAGAAUGUUUGUCAGUGCACUGAGAUGAGCGUGUUUUGAAGGCUUAGGAUCUUUUCUCGUCAACAGAGAAGUGAAAGAGGAAAUAUGGUCAACCCUUUUGGUCGGAAUUAUCAAAGAUGAUGUGGUGCUUUCCAGCAGAGGCUUGUGACGUAUCUUGGACGGCACACUAUUGGUGUUUCACGUUAUUAGUCGUUCUUGCUAUGCUUAAAAGUGAACUUGCACUCUUUCUGAGUUGUCCGUUUUAAUGGUUGUAGCUUGUGACAAUGUAACUCUACUGGUUUUUGGAGAUACUACAGAUUGUAUGUUUUUAUGUACGGGGCCAGGUUUAAGUUUUCACAUGGCCUGCUAUGCUUUCAAUGCUCAAUGUUGAAAAUUGUAUUUUCCUUAAAUUAUUCUGAAAAUAUAUAUUGACAUGCAUCUGUGAAUUCUGUGUUGGUCCCAUCACGGACACUGUUUCCUAACUCUUUCAUGCAUUAUAAAUAGAAAAAGCCA